GGCGCGUCCUGACCGCUUUUUAACUUUGCCUCUGCUCUGCGCCUUCAGCAUUUUAGCUUUAGCUUCAGCUUAGUAACGACUGUUUCUCAGUUCCUCUUUUAAAGCGCAUCAUUAAAAUGAAUUCUGAUUCCAGCUCUGUGUCUAGCAGAGCAUCAUCUCCCGAUAUGGAUGAGAUAUAUCUCCGUGAUCAUCACCAGGAUUCAAGGCUCAGCUCCGUGUCUUCCACUCAAAGUGACAUCAUUCAGAAAAUGUCAAGUGACGGCGUUUCCAGAUCGGGUUCAAAAUCAGGUGAGUUGAACAAGUACAAGCUGAAAAAGCAACUCACUGAACAAGACCUGCAACAACUACGACUGAAAAUCAAUGGAAGGGAGCGGAAGAGGAUGCACGACUUAAAUCUCGCUAUGGAUGGCCUUCGGGAAGUGAUGCCAUAUGCUCACGGACCAUCAGUUAGAAAACUUUCAAAAAUUGCCACACUCCUUUUAGCAAGAAACUACAUUUUAAUGCUAACUAGCUCCUUGGAGGAGAUGAAGAGGCUGGUUGGGGAAAUCUACGGUGGACACCAUUCUGCAUUUCACUGCAGUACCAUAGGACACUCAGGAGGGCACCCAGGGCACACUGCCAAUCCCGUCCACCAAAUUCACCCACUCUUAGGCGGUGCACUGUCUUCCACAAAUACUUCACCUACGCUUUCCAGUGCACUUUCAGGAACAAUCCGACCGCAUCAUUCCUUAAUGAAAACUCCUUCCACUCCCCCACUUCAAAUUGGCGGUGGCUUUCAACACUGGACUGGAAUUCCUUGCCCCUGCACCAUAUGUCAAGUGCCACCGCCACCUCAGCUAUCAGCACUCACAACGGGAAGUUUAGCAAGACUUUCAGCGGAAUCUAAGGACUUAUUGAAGUAAGCAAAUUCCUUGCGGACGAAACUAUAAGACUUUGGGUGAGGGGGUACAGUGCUGCUGUAUGUAAGAGUGAUAUUUACAUAUUUGUGGUUAUACGCAACACCUUUUGUUUGCAUGACUGCUUCUUUCCCUGACUUGUGAGUGUUUUUCUGACCCAAACCAUGCACGUGCUACGCACGUGACAGGUAUAGUGAUGACUAUCAAAUGCAGUGUGUGCUGGAUGCACUAGAAGAAUGUUGUGAGCAGUUCAUGACACUCUCUUUCAAUUUAAAUGUGAGAGUUGUUUCAGCGUUGCUACAAAGUGAUGCGUUCACCCAGAGAACCUCAAGGACUUUAAGAACAUAAUCCCUGGAUGUUUUCCUGAACUGUACCUGCAUAGCAAACAGAAGUCUGUUUCUUCAAUAACAUAAUCCUUAAGAAGAAUGCAUGCACAUUGGAGAUGAUUCUUGCUUAAACUUGCUGAUACUGGCACUAGCCCACUAAAAAUGUGUCUUUCCUUGUAACAAGGACAGGACACAGAAUAUACAACAUGAAAUUGUUUAUGUACUGAAAAUUGUAUUUUUUUGUGUGUAACACGUUAGGAAGAGACAUGGUGCGAGUGUAUUUUCAAAUGUGCUGACAAUGUGUAGUUCAGUCUAAGUACAGUGUUACAUAUGAUUAGCCUUUGCUCAGCUACUUUUCCGUUGCUAUUCCCUGUUGUUCUGGAAAAUGUGCUUGGACUGUUUUAAGCUUCAAAGAUAACUUUGUUUCUUAAUUUUAUAUAUAUUUUUGAUGAAUAUUUGAAAUAUUUAUUAUUGCCCAGUGUUUCUGGAUGAGAUUUAAAUAAAAAAAUAUUUGAAAGAAA